AUGUCACGGCUGGCCCCCAUUUGCGUGAAGACGUUAAAGUCUGCCAUGGACAAGGUCACACGUAAUGUGGAGGCCAAAAUCGCAGCAGAACUCCCCGACGUAUUUGGGCUUUGUAUUGACGGGUGGACCGAUGGCUCGAAGCACUUUUGCACGAUCUUCGCAACGUACGCUGUGGCCAAUGUGCGCCAUACACCUCUGCUCGCAAUGUCGCCACUCUUGAAGCCCGACAGCAUGGAUGCCGACCCUCACAUCGCUUUCAUCGCGGAAACACUUGACCUCUGUGGCAUAGAGCUGGCAAAUCUCGCCUUUGUCACUGGCGACAAUUGUUCUACCAACGUCUCUAUGGCGGCUAAAAUGGGCGUUCCUCUUGUCGGGUGCUACUCGCACAACUUCAACUUGGCCAUGAAGGCAUUGUUGGUGCUGUACGAAAGCGACCUGUUAUCCAUACACGCAAUUAUGACGAGGCUUGGUCGACUCCGCCCAGCUGGUGCAGUUACGCGCUUCACUGACUUAUUGCCAGUUUGUCGAAACGUAACGCGGUGGUCAUCGACAUUUCAAAUGGUCCAACGCUACCUAGCGCUGUUACGAUUUUUACCGGAGGUCUCAGGGGUGCGAGAUCUGUUGUUGCUCAGCGGACAGAAUACUCGUGUGAAAAAGCUCUUCUUUGUGCUUGAGCAAUUCAAAAGCGUGACAAGACAACUCCAAGCGGAAGAUCUUGACAUGGCGGAUGCACGGACUAUGUUUCAUGGACUACACUGUCGGCACCCAACGUUGCCAUAUCUGGCUUUAAACGCGGAGAUCCACCACUGUCCUAACUUUGACAAUGGUGUGGCGAAGGUGUUGUCGUUACGCGAAGACGAGCUGACUACUGCUGAGAAGGCUGCAUUGGUCAUGUUCCUGUUGGACCCUGACAGUGUUGCAGUACCCAGCACGCCGUUGAGUUACGCGGACGAACGUUUGGCUCCAAAACGUCGCCGAAUGGGACCAACAGCAAGCAAGUACUGCUGCUUGAAGUUUGUCCUUCCAACGACCAACUUGGUCGAACGGCUCUUCAGCGUCGCGCAGUACAUAUUGACAGACCAUAGAAAGCACUUGUAUCCGGUAAAUUUCGAGAUGAUCAUAUUCCUUCGCGCGAAUACAUUGUAUUGGAGUGUUUUCUCCCUCAUGUAA